UGAACUUGUGGUCUGUUUUAUUCCGAAGACGCGUCUAAAUGCUCGUAGAUAUUCGCUUGGUGUGCACCGCUGGAUCUGGUCAUUGUUUGAAGUGUAUCCAGGAACAUCAAGGCGAUAUUGGACCAGCAUGGGCACCGCCGUCGGACUCAUACAAGGAAUCAUCUUCUUCGCUUGCCUGCUGUACUAUCUUUCCCGAGCAGUAAAUUCAGUGAAGCCGCCUUUAUUAACUAUUUCUUCAACUCUGGAUGCAAUAAAUGUUUCGCAAGUAAAUGCCCCAUCUCACUGCCCACAGAGCUGUGGUCGUUCCAUAGAAAAUGCAUUUCCCAAUCGCACAAACCGAUCAGCAAGGAUAUUUCUUUUUCUACGACAUGCAAGAGCAAUCUCAACCCAAGUACGAGCCCAUCCUUCCACUACUAUACUGUGACGCAUUCCCGGAGAAGAAGCUCUAUUUGGUGAAGCAGGCAAAGAAAGAGCUCGCCUGGUACGAGCACCUCUGAUCGUUAAGAAACGAGGACACACUUCAUGAGGUGAUGACUGAGAAGAGAAGGACUCGGCAAAUUCUGGGACAG